AUGAGUGAUCAGGACAUAUAUAUCGAUCCCAAGUUGUUCAAAACUAGGCUUGCGAUCUUGCAGAAAAACCUAUCCAACAACACUUUCAAAGAUGUCAACAAUUUGCUUUUCAUUGUUGGCGUUUCUGAUUCGGACUACAAUCCAUAUCAGAAGUCGCUUAUUUUGCAGAACUACUUGCUAGGCUACGAGUUUCCCUCCACCUUGAUAUUCAUCACAAAGGACUUGCUAAUCUUUGUCACAUCGCUCUCGAAGGGCAAGUACUUGAAACACUUGACCAAUGACAAAGAUAUUUUGCUUUGGACAAGAAGCAAAAACGCUGCUCAAAAUCUAAAAAUCUUCAAUGAUUUAAUUGACAAGAUUGUUCAAUUGAACCCUGACUCUAAAUCAAUUAAUAUUGGGGUCCCAAUAAAGGACAAGGUUCAGGGAAAGUUCAUCAAUGAAUGGAAUCAGGUUUUCGAUAAGAGAAACUCAGAAUCUCCCGAUACUUUAUCCUUUAAUAAAAUUGACAUUUCUCUAGGCUUAUCCAUUUCAAUUCAAUUAAACGAUCCAAUUGAAUUGGGUUUCCUCAAAAUCGCCUCAAAAUCGUCUAAUAUCAUGAUUAAAUAUUUCACCGACCAAAUGAUUAAAAUCGUUGACGACGAGUUAAAGAUAUCCCACGAAAAAUUCUCUGAAAAUAUUGAAGCCAAAAUUGAUGACAAUAAAUUCCUACUCCUACAAAAAAAGAAAUACUUUGAUCCUUUAAAACUAAACGUUGACUUAAAUAGUCUUGACUGGUGCUACACUCCAAUCAUUCAAUCCGGUGGUACUUAUGAUUUAAAACCCAGUGCUGCCUCAAACUCAAACUUGUUAAGUUAUGAGGGCAUAAUCAUUGCUUCCUUAGGUAUCAGAUAUCGUUCAUACUGCGCUAACGUUGCUAGAACCUUUUUAAUCGAUCCAACCAAGGAAAUGGAAUCAAAUUACCAAUUUCUACUAAACGUUCAAAAAUUCAAACUUUCUUUACUAAAGGUUGGCAAAAAGGCUUCUGAGGUUUAUAACGAAACUCUUGAAUACAUCAAGAAGGAAAGACCCGAUUUAACCAACAACUUUCUUAAAAAUUGCGGUUGGCUAACUGGUUUGGAUUUCAAGGAUUCCACAUUUUUGUUAAACUCAAGAAAUGAACGAUCUAUACAAAACUCCUUGGUCUUCAAUUUAGUCACUGGUUUUCAUAACAUUAAAAACCCGAAUUCAAAAUCAAACAAUGAUAAAGUUUAUUCGUUAUUACUAAUUGACACUGUUCAAAUCAACGACAACAACCCAGUUAUAUUAACAGAUUAUUCAAAGAAUAAAGAUGUUGUCUCAUUUUACUUUAACGAUGAAGAGGAAGAUGACAACGACGCCAAUUCAAGAAGAAGCUCAAAUAUCUUAAAUACAAAGCUCAGGCGUGAAAAUAAAAACCAAGUUGAAGAUUUGGAGAAAAUUAAAAGAGAAACACAAAAAAAAUUACACCAAAAGAGAUUAAAAGAAGGGCUUGCACGAUUUUCUGCAAGUGAUACUCAAAACCAAGAUGAGAAAAAACCAGUCUUUAAAAGAUAUGAAUCCUAUGUUAGAGAAUCUCAAAUCCCAACCAAUGUUAGAGAUUUAAGAAUUCAUAUUGAUUCAAAAUCACAAACUUUUAUUUUACCAAUUUGUGGAAGGCCUGUUCCAUUUCAUAUCAAUGCCUAUAAAAACAGUUCAUUAAAUGAGGAAGGAGAAUAUACUUAUUUUAGAUUGAAUUUUAAUACCCCAGGUGGUAUUACAAGUAAAAAAGACAAUGAAUUACCCUAUGAAGAAGGUUCGGAUAAUAACUUUGUUAGAAGUUUAACCCUACGUUCAAAGGACCAUCAAAGAAUGGCAAAGGUUCACAAACAAAUUUCAGAUUUAAAAAAAAGCGCUGUGAAAAGAGAACAGGAAAGAAAAGCGAUGGCUGAUGUCGUUGAACAAGCCAACUUAAUUGAACUAAAUAAAUCAAAGGUCAGAACUUUAUAUUCUCUAUUUGUCAGACCCUCUCCUGAUUCCAAAAGAAUUGCAGGUAAUUUGCAAAUUCAUCAAAAUGGUUUAAGAUAUUUUUCGCCCUUAAGACCCUCGCAAAGAAUUGAUAUUUUAUUUUCAAAUAUUAAACACUUAUUUUUUCAACCAUGUCAAGAUGAAUUGGUUGUUUUAAUUCAUUGUCAUUUAAAGACCCCAAUAAUGGUUGGCAAGAAAAAGGCAUUAGAUAUCCAAUUUUUCAGAGAAGCCUCGGAUAUCUCAUAUGAUGAAACCGGUGGUCGCAAAAGAAGAUAUAGAUAUGGUGAUGAAGAUGAGUUGGAACAAGAACAAGAAGAAAGAAGAAGAAGAGCUAUAUUAGAUAAAGAAUUUAAAACAUUUGCAGAAACAAUUGCUGAAGCCACUAAUGGAUUAGUUGAUUUAGACAUUCCAUUCAAAGAGUUGGGAUUCAAUGGUGUUCCAUCAAGAGCAUCGGUGUUUUGUAUGCCAACGAGAGAUUGUCUUGUUCAACUAUUGGACCCACCAUUUCUAGUUAUAACUUUGGAGGAAAUUGAAAUGGCGUAUUUUGAAAGAGUGCAAUUUGGAAUCAAGAAUUUUGAUUUGGUUUUUGUGUUUAAAGAUUUUGCUAAACCAGUUGUCCACAUAAAUACCAUACCAAUCGAUGUGUUGGAGGAUUUGAAGACGUGGUUGACCGAUGUUGAUAUUCCAUACUCUGAAGGUAGAGUCAAUCUUAAUUGGGGGCCUAUUAUGAAGACUAUCUCAUCGGAUCCAUACCAGUUCUUUAAAGAUGGUGGAUGGGAAUUUUUAACUGGAACCGAUGAAGACGAAGAGUCGGGCGAGUCAGAACAAGAGUCUGAGUUCCAAGCAAGUGAUUCGGACCCUGAAGACGAAACUGACAGCUACAGCGAAAGCGAAGAAGACGAUUACACUGGAAGUUCCAGCGAGGAAGCCAGUUCAAGUGAAGAAGAAGAAGGUGAAGACUGGGACGAGUUGGACAGGAAAGCUGCUAAAGCAGAUAGCAGGAGGGGGGAGAGGUUCUAG